AUGAAUCCAGGUGCUGCUGGUACAGCUUCUUUUGCUUUAAUAUCAUUUAUUCUUUUAAUUCCUGCGUUUUCGUGGCAUAUAAAAUGUAGAAAUAUUCCUGCUACAUUAUUAAUCUUUUGGUUAAUGUUGGUCAAUUUAAUUGGUUCAAUUAAUACUUUAAUUUGGAGUUCAGAGAAUUUUGAUCAAGUUUGGGAUGGUAAAGGUUGGUGUGAUUUAACUAUUAAACUUGAAGCAGGUUCUUCAAGUGGGAAAAUUUGUGCAAUUGCAUGUUUAUCAAUGAAUUUAUACAUGAUUUUAUGUGCAAAGAAUCCAUUAUUUAUGGAAUGGUCAUGGAAAAAGACUAUAAUUGAAUUAUCAAUUUGUUUAAUUACUCCAAUAUUUAUCAUGUGUACACAAUAUAUUAUUCAAGGUUCAAGAUAUGGUAUUGUAAAAUAUCAAGGUUGUGUUGUUAAUUAUUCAGCAACUACUGCAACUUUGGGAUUAUAUUCAAUGUGGUCAGUUAUCUGGAGUAUAUUAGCUUUUAUCUUUGCAAUCUUGACAAUUUAUAAAUACUUGCAAAAGAGGAAAGACGUUAAGGAUAUUUUUAAAUGUACAAAUUCAGGAUUGAACAUAAAGAGAUUUGCAAGAUUAUUGAUUUUUAGUUUCUUGAUUAUAAUUGCAAUGUUCCCAUUAUCAGUUUAUUACUUUGUUGAGCAAGCUAAGAACAGUACUGGUAAGUUUAAUUGGGAUGAGGUUCAUCAUCCAAAUUGGGAUGUAAUUUUAUACUAUGAUUUUGGGUUUUUCUUACUUUAUGAUAGAAUUGUGAAUUCAAUUCUAUCAGUAUUGACUUUUUUAUUAUUUGGAAUUGGUACUGAUGCAUUGACGAUGUAUAGAGGUUGGUUAAGAUUGAAAAAGAAUUCAGAUACGCCAUUAUCAAAACAAACUACUUUUGUUAAAGUUGAAUCUGGUAAAUCUCAAUACAGUAGUACAACUACAUUUACUCAACCCACUUUACAAGAAUUCCACGAGUUUAAAGAUGUCUUGCAAGAAUUUCACGAAAUUAAAGAUGUUUUACAAGAGUCGGAUGAUAAUAUUGGCUAUAAAUAUGAAGUUAAAGCUAAAGUUUAG